AUGCCAAAUAAACCCAACACGAAGCAUCCUGACAUCACCCCACACAACCUCAAAGAAGAGGAAACUCGAACAGGUGUACCAGUGGAAAACUCAGAGGUUCUACCCCAGACGACAUAUUUUUUGGCUGAAGCCUCAGCCUUGUCGCCUUAGCCACAGACUCAGAUGAGGACCAGUAAACUUGGGCGGAAACGAUACUGGUAUCGUAAAAAUUUGGCAGGAAGUUUGGGGGUUACAGGAGCAGCUGCACUUUCCAUGUUUGCCGAUACAAUCAGAAUCGGUGCAACAUCGGUGCGAUAA